AUGGAGGUGUUCUUCCUCUCCCUGCUCCUCAUCUCUGUGCUCUCAGUCUCCAUCAGACUUUACUUGCUCUUAUACAAGCAUAGAUCCCACUUCACUGGCCCCAAUCUCCCUCCUGGCAAGAUUGGUUGGCCAAUGGUUGGUGAAAGCCUUGAAUUCCUCUCCACCGGCUGGAAAGGCCACCCGGAAAAAUUCAUCUUCGAUCGCAUCUCCAAAUACUCCUCUGAAGUCUUCAAGACCUCCCUCCUCGGAGAGCCUGCUGUCGUCUUUGCUGGCGCUGCGGGCAACAAGUUUUUGUUCUCCAACGAAAACAAACUUGUUCAUGCGUGGUGGCCUAGCUCCGUCGACAAGGUCUUCCCCUCCUCCACCCAAACCUCAUCCAAAGAGGAGGCCAAGAAGAUGAGGAAGUUGCUCCCUCAGUUCCUUAAGCCUGAAGCUUUGCAACGUUACACCGGCAUCAUGGAUCACAUUGCACAGAGGCAUUUUGCUGAUAGCUGGGACAACAGAGAUGAAGUCAUUGUAUUUCCCCUGGCCAAGAGGUUCACUUUCUGGCUAGCUUGCCGCCUGUUUAUGAGCAUAGAAGAUCCUGCCCACGUCGCUAAAUUUGAAAAGCCCUUCCACGUCUUGGCCUCAGGACUCAUCACCAUCCCAAUUGACUUGCCUGGGACACCUUUCCACCGCGCUAUCAAGGCCUCCAACUUCAUCAGAAAGGAGCUUAGAGCCAUCAUCAAGCAAAGGAAGAUCGAUCUGGCUGAGAGCAAGGCCUCAAAAACUCAAGAUAUAUUGUCCCACAUGCUUCUGGCUACAGAUGAAGGUGGAUGCCACAUGAAUGAAAUGAAUAUUGCUGAUAAAAUCCUCGGUUUGUUGAUUGGUGGCCAUGACACUGCCAGUUCUGCCAUUACGUUCCUUGUCAAGUACAUGGCUGAGCUGCCUCACAUCUACGAGAAAGUCUACAAGGAGCAAAUGGAAAUUGCCAAUUCAAAAGCACCAGGUGAAUUGCUGAACUGGGAUGAUGUUCAAAAGAUGAGAUAUUCAUGGAAUGUUGCCUGUGAAGUGAUGAGACUUGCACCCCCACUCCAAGGAGCUUUCCGGGAAGCAAUCACUGACUUCGUGUUCAACGGUUUCUCCAUUCCUAAGGGUUGGAAGCUGUACUGGAGCGCAAACUCAACCCACAAAAGCCUAGAAUGCUUCCCUCAACCCGAAAAAUUUGACCCUACAAGAUUUGAAGGAGCCGGGCCUGCUCCUUACACAUUCGUUCCCUUUGGUGGCGGACCUAGGAUGUGCCCUGGUAAAGAGUACGCCCGCUUGGAAAUACUUAUCUUCAUGCACAACUUGGUUAAAAGGUUCAAAUGGGAUAAAUUGCUUCCUGAUGAGAAGAUAAUCGUUGACCCCAUGCCCAUGCCUGCUAAGGGACUUCCAGUUCGCCUCCAUCCUCACAAACCAUAG